ACAGUCACGACUGUUUUGUCGCUUGUUUUGCAUUACAAUGUUAUUUGACUUAGCAGUUGUUACAUGACUCAGCAGUUGUUACAUGACUCAGCAGUUGUUACAUGACUCACCUCUUGUAUAAGAGAGAUGGAAAGAAACAGCGGAAGGACAGCUGAGGACUAAAAUUCAACCGUGCACGUUGCGUUUACCGGACCAUAUCAUGGGCGGGGGACCAAGCAGGAGAUGUCGUGGUGGCAUCUGUCGCAGCGAGGCAAAACUGGAUGGAAAGACUGUCAUCAUCACAGGGUCAAACACUGGCAUUGGCAAGGUCACUGCCAAGGACUUGGCCAGGAGAGGUGCGAGGGUGAUCAUGGCCUGUCGUGACCUGACCAAGGCGGAGGCCGCCGGUAUCAUGUACUGCCCCCAGUGGAAGACUGCGGAUGGUUUUGAGAUGCAGUUCGGCACGAACCACCUCGGCCACUUCCUUUUCCUUCUCACCAACCUCCUAUUGGACAAGAUCAAGGCCUCCACUCCGAGCCGCAUCGUGGUGGUGUCAUCAAUCGGCCACGAAUCAGGACGGAUGUAUUUUGAUGACCUCAAUCUGACCAACAACUAUGGACCAAACCGAGCCUACUGCCAGAGCAAGCUGGCUAACGUGCUGUUUGCUAAUGAGCUGGCCAAGAGGCUGGAAGGAACUGACGUGAUCGUGAACUCCCUCCACCCGGGCUUCAUCGAGACCGAUCUGCAGCGAAACAUGGAGGAGGGGUGCGGGUGCGUGUACACCUGCUGCAAGUGCUGCUUCUGGUGCUUUGUCAAGUCGUUCGGCAAGAAUCAGUGGGAGGGAGCCCAGACGACCAUCCACUGCGCCGUCGACGAACAGAUAGAGGGAUCCGGUCUCUACUUCUCUGACUGUGUCCCAAAGCAGCCAGCUCGACAGGGGAGAGAUGAAGCUGCAGCCAAACGACUGUGGGACCUCAGCGAGGAGAUGGUCGGGCUCAAGACGGACUGAAGGACAAAUAGCUUAUUGGUUUAAAGAAUGUUUUUUGCUUACCUGUGUACAACACUGACUAGUGCACUGCGUAGUUCUCAUCGUUAGAUGUGUGGAAUUCGAUUCCUCUACUUCAGUAACUGAUUUUAAUAGUGUGUUACAUCUUGGUAUAUUACAUAGUCGUAAGCUUGAAGACUGCUAUUGACACAGUGAUUGUAUAGUUACUGUUAUAACAAUGUAAUAUUUUGUCCUGUCAGUAGUGUGCUAAAAUGUGACUGUAAGUCCAACAACGGAAAUUACACUCAAAGAGGUGUAUUUUUCAUAUGAUCACAGCAACAAUUACAAAAUGUAUCUUAAUACACCUGUCACAACAAUAAAACAAAUAUCAUUCU